GGAUGUUUAUCAUCAAUCACAUUUUACAAAUAGGGUACUAAUGAGCAGUUAAAUUUGCGCAGCCAGAAGAUGACUGUGCUUACAGAAAAUGUUGAAUAUAAUUUAACGUGUGGUGUGUUUUGACAAUAAAACAACAAAUUAUAACAGGGCCAAAUGCGAAGUGUAUCUUCUCUACACUACAUCAUCGUACACAGUAUACAGUGUAAAACCACAGUACAGAUUGCUCUCUUCGCUGCUCUCACUGCACUGCCACUGGAGUGAAAAACAGGAUGUGGCUGUUUUAGACGUGUUUUACAUCUGCUCUCUAGCGUAUGAUGUCAGCCGUGUCAGUGUUUCUAAAACCUGAUUUUUAUUUCAUGCAAAUGCUGUGCGAGCGAAUGAACUUCACUCAAAGGAAUAUAAGGGUGUUGUUUUUUAAUUCCAUUUGCUCUAAAAAGUGCUUUACUAUUUCACCUAAAUUAUAUUUUUUACAUGAGAUAAAUUGAUUAAAUCCUGUACCAUAUACACCUGUCAUGAAGUUUAAUGCUGUUAAGUACAACAUUCUUCAGCCUGUUACUUCUCAUUUAUCCUCCUCGCCCUUCUCACCCUGCCUUGUUUCAUCUCUCACCGCCUUCAGUCUCCACCUUCUUCAAAAAGUCUUAGCAACUUUUUGUCACCACACAUUAUAAACCAACCCUCCUUUGCUCUACAUGCACGAUUACCCUCAACAUCCCCCGUCACUUUGUCACAGUUCUUCACGUUCUGGCUCCAAAAACCCUCAUCUGCUCAAAACUUUGACAUGGCCUUCUUUGAAUCCGAUAAAACCAUCCUGAUACUGUUAUUUUCACUGCUGGCCCUGAUUAUAUUGCUCGUCUUCGUAUACAAGAAGUUGAACAAAGAAACAAAUGGAAAAUACACCAUCCAACAGAUGGUGUAUAAAACGGGAGGAAUACGGGACCAGGUGAGAGUUGCAGCAGUAGCACUCAGGACUCAUUUUGGAAUUCAGCUGGGGCCUCGGAAUGACACAGAUGAGUACGGAGAGGAGAUGCAUGAGGUCCACGACGAGGAGGAACGGGUGGAGGAAGGUGAUAGCUGCAUAGUGAAAGACCCGGAAGAGAGGGAUGAGGAGGAUGAGGAGGAGCAGGAAGAGGAAGUGGAUCAAAAUGGUAUGAGAAAUGAAAAAACUGACAAGACCUCAGAUGACUCCUCUGGUUCAGAAAACGAGGAGCCAAAGGAACAAGAUCAUCCAGGUGAAAAAGGAGAGGAAAAAGAAGAGAAAGUUGGAGAACAGAAAUGUCAGGUAGAAGAAAUUGGAGGAGCUGGACUACUCAUAGACCUGAAGCAGUUCUCUGGAAGUGCCACCUGGUCUUCAGAAGAGGGAGGAGAAAGACAUGUGACUGCCCUGUGAAUAAGAUAAAUAUCAAUAAAUCAGAAAAUAGAUCAAAAUGUAUCUUAGAUGUUAAAAAAACACCUACAGUUUGUGCGAUUAAUUACAGAACAUAAUUUUUUUUUUAUUGCUACUGAAUUCCAUAUGAAUAUUGUGAUCCUUAAUUACAUCCAGUAAAGAUGUUUGGAGGUCAAGUGAGUUGUAAAAUGGAUGUUGGGGGUGGAGCCAAGCAAGAAGAGAACAGGAAGCGUCAUAUAAUAUUUGUAGUUGUGGUGAGGAAAGAUAUAAAGCUGAUUGGUGCAAAUGAGCAUCAAAUGAAGAAGAAUUAAGAGGACCAUUGAUGUCUGUCGUGUGUUGUGGAAUGCCAUAGACCAAGAGUUCCUUAUUGUCUUUUUUUGGGGGGGGGGGGGGGGGCUUGUCGUUUGUCUCAAUUCUUUCAUUUUAAAAACUCCCCAUACUUUCUUCUGUUUAUUGGAGCUUUUUGAAGAACUGACUGAGUCAUUAGUGCCAACACAUGCAACACAUGUAACUGAGCUACUCAUAUCCGUGUCUUCAGUUGAUAACCCAUUCAGUCCCCCAGCCCCUCAAGCCCACAGGUGCAAAACUGAAAACAUUUUGCAGCCCUCUAUGACAGAGGGCUGCAAAAUCACCAGCAUCACCUGGAGUUUAGGUGAUGCUGGUAGCCCUGGUUGGACUGUGAUUCUAUGGUAAAGAGUCACUAUCAUAGACCAUAAGUAAUUGACAUUACAUUCUGGUUGCUAGCUAUAGUCCAGAGUUCACACGUGUGUUGUCUUUUGUCUUUCCUUAUCUGUCACUAGUAAAUAAGAACAGCUGUUAAGGAAGCUUUUUUAUUAAUUAAAUUACAAAAACAAUCAGUUUAUAUACUGUAAAUAGAUUCCUUGUUUACAACCAGAUGGUUCUGUCCAUUCCAUGUCCUAUCUAUGUGUAGCACUAUUUGUACUGUAGCCCUUAUUUUUUGAACGUUUUAAAUGUUAAUUUCUCUUAAAAAUGAUUAAAAUUCAUUUUAAAGUGUACUGAAGUGUAAAUUGGCAGCUGUUUAUCAAUCAAGUAAUUUCAUUGAUACAUUUGUCACUGCAUUUACAAACAGCAGGAGCAAGUUAAAUGUCUAACAGAUACCUGUUAUUGGCUGCUGCAGCUUUAACGUGUUGUAUAAAUGUCACUAAAUGUUGUGAUAAUCGUCUGCGGCCCAGCGUUUAACAUAACAAAACAUAACAAAAGGGAUCUUUUCAACAGAGGUACAAAAGGGCACAGGCUUAAAUACAGUUUUGUUCAGAAGAGUAUGUAAAAAGUAAAAAAAAAAAACAAAUA